AUGUUAUCCAGUGCUCUGCUUUUCAUUUCUGGCAUUGCCUCUUUGAUAGGACCCGCAUCUGGUCUGUCAGAUACCACCAAGAGCGGACGCGCGCGAGCAACCUGUGUUGUCCCAGCUGGAAACUCGACCGCCGUCGAUGAUGUGCCGGCCAUCCUCAAUGCUCUGACAACCUGCGGCAACGGCGGGCGUGUGAGCUUCAGCAAUACCACCUACCACAUUAACUCGGUGAUGAACACGACCUGGCUGAAUGAUGUCGAGAUUGACCUCCAAGGAACUCUCCUGUGGAGCACAAACAUAAGCUACUGGCUCGCCAACUCCCUGGACGUCGGCUACCAGAAUCAGUCCACUGCUUGGAUCCUGGGUGGUAAGGAUAUUGUCUUUGAUGGUCAUGGCUACGGGACGUUCAAUGGCAGUGGACCGGUGUGGUACAGCUACACCUCCGGCGUAUCGAACUACCCCCGCCGACCGCAUCAGUUGACCAUCACGGCACAAGACUCCACGUUCAAGGGGUUGAGGUUUGUCCAGAGUCAAAUGUGGACAAUGUCCAUCAUUUACUCUGAGAACCUGCUCUUCGAUUCGAUUUAUGUCAACAAUCUCAACAAUAACGGCGGUUCCUCUAGAAACACCGACGGAGCCAACACAAUCCGCAGCAGCGGAAUCACCUUCACCAACUGGCAGGUCGUCAACGGCGACGACAGCAUCAGUCUGAAGGGCAACUCCACCGACAUCACCAUCGCCGACUCAACCUUCUCCACCGGCCUAGGCAUCUCAAUCGGCAGCAUCGGACAAUACCUCAACGAAUUCGAAACGGUGGAGAACGUUCGCGUCUCCAAUUGCACAUACAAGAAGACCACGCAUGCCGUGUACGUCAAGACCUGGACUGGGGAUCAGGUCGGAUACCCACCGAACGGCGGGGGUGGCGGUCUGGGGUAUAUCUCCGGCCUCACGGCGACGAACCUGUCGCUCAACAACCUCAAGGGCACCCCGUUCACCGUAUCGCAAUGCACCACCUUCUCGGGCGCUUCGGGAAACUGCACGAACUCCAAGUUCCAGGUCCGCGAUCUGUACUUCAGUGAUGUGUCGGGCACGCUGCCUUCGACGGAUGUUGUCAGUUUCCAGUGUAGUGCGGUGGCCCCGUGCGAGAAAAUCACGGUCGAGGAUGUGAGUCUGCGGGUCACGGGGAGCUCGACCGCUGCGGAUGAGUAUCUGUGUGGGAAUGUGGAGGGGACGGUGGGCUUUAAUUGCACGGGGGAGGUUUGUGUUGGGUCGAGCGCUACUGGGGGGUGUUGA